AACCCUCUCAGGACUAGUUUGACAGGACUAGUUUGAGAGUCCAAAUACCGAAGGAGAUUAGAGGGACUAAAAUCACCUCCGAUUCUGUGGCUCCUAGAUCAGCACUCAGGGUAGAUGCGCAACCUUCGCGCUCCGCCCCCUGUUUCGACCAGAAUCCGCCACCAGCAGCUCCUGCUCCUCCGGGCUCUCCCCCUCCGCGGCUCCGCCCGGACCGGCUCGCAGCUGGCCGGCGCCAGGGGCUCCCUCGUGGCCUCGCCCAGGACUCCAGGAGGCCCCCUGGCCUCCGGCUGCGCUCCGUGUCGGUGCCCGGUGGCUCCGUUUGCUCGCCGACUGCCAUUGCGUCAGACGCCAGACAGCGGUUGGCGACAAUGCUGCAGCAGGAAAUAUUUGGACCGCCGGGACGGUUUGCAAAUUUUAGGAGUAUGUAGUAACUCAGAGGAGUAUUUCAUUGUAAAAUGGCAGCAGAAUUGAAAUGUUGCUGAGAAUAUGCAGAUCCAGCCGUUGCGAUUUGACUGAGAAUUUGAGAUACAGCAGUCUAUUAGAUUUUCAUAAGCCUGUCUGACUGUGUCAAAUAAGGCCAAUUCUUUUUUAUGACUAAUUGACCUACAAAACCCUGUUUAUAUUGAACUUAGUAUCAUCCCCACUCAUGAUGAACACCCCACAAACUUAACCCAGGAGUGCGCACCACGCCUCCAUGCGCCCAAGCCCCAGGACUGCCUCCGCGGCGUCGGCGGCGUGCACCGUGGCUCCACCCUGUCCCUGAUCAGAAUUCCGAUGCCGUGGGGUAGUUCGAUUAUUAUUCUGUAUUCUGAUCUUUGGUAAUUGAUUGUUCCUAAUCUUGAUCUUUGAAUUGAAUUAUACUCUCUCAUAGUGUAUUAGUACUGUUAAUAAUGCGUGCCUAGUCUUUGAAUCUAGGCUAUCUCAUGCUGUGUUGGUAUUGAUAAAGAUGCGUGCCUGUGUUUGUUUUUCGAUUUUAUUCACUUCGACAUAAAUAGUGAAGCUAUUAACUUAAUGGUUGUCAUCAUCGAUUGUGAGGAUUAAGCUAUUAUUAUGGUUUCCGUUACUGAUCGCUGGAUUAGCUUUGUGUCUCAUCCUGACGUUUUCUUGCUGCUGGAUGUCAUUUGAGGUAUAAGAAAUAUUGAGCACGAGCUGAAGAGAUUGAGAGAGGUAUUCAUAGAGCUGGGAAUUGGACGCAAGCUACAGCGGAGGGUCAGAUCCAAUUCUUCCUUGGAUUCUCUCUCUAUCUAGAUCACUGAAGAACCAAUGGAUACAGGGAUGGCAAGGGCAGACAGCAUCAUUUCUGAAUAGUUCUUAAUCUUUUUAUCUUUUGGGGGGGUGGGGGUGGGCGGCAUCUCUAAGCUUUGGCUUUUGAAUAUGAUGCAGCAGGUAGCUGAGUACUCAAAGAAUCAACAAAGUGACAAGCACACACAUAUAUGCUUGGACACAAAAGAAGCUAGCAUAUGCAGAAACAGAACACACAUGUCACUUUGCUUUGAUCUAUGGACUAGUGUGAUUCAUCUCUCUUUUUGUCUUUCUCACACACACACACACACACUGUACCUCUCCCUUUCUCUUCUAUCAGUCAUUUCGUUCUUCAAUCUGUGUGGCUAUCUUCUACUAGUGCCGCCAAUUCAACUUAACUAAGGAGCUUGCUGAAGGACUCAACACACAUUGCUACAUCAUGCGUACGGAGGUUAUCCUGGCAGACACCAUUGAAGCAGCUGCAGAACGAAUUCUGAUUGAGAUCAGUAGCGAUGACACACAUACUGAGAGAAGCAAUGUGUUCUACUUCGAUGGUUGGGACGGGCUGGGCGCAUCUGCUGUCCUUAGAGCUGUUGCCCAGCGCCUUGCCACAGCUUCAGAAGCCCCGGCAGGCCUCAAGUUUGAUCAGGUCAUCAACAUCGACUGCUCCAAGUGGGUGAGCAGGAGAGCUAUGCAGAGAGUGAUCGCAGAGGAGCUGGAGCUUCCCGCUGAGUUUAUGGAGAUGAUAGAGACGCGUGAUGAGGAGGACGACUACCGUGGUGAAGACCAGAGCUCCCGUGAUGUGAUUCCACAAGUCAUCAACAGGGAGAUCUACCAAAGAUUACAGAACCGUAGGUUCCUGGUGAUCUUUUACAACGGAAGCAGUGAGGAGAUUGAUCUAGCCAAUCUUGGCUUCCCUCUGCAGGACUUGGGCUUCCAUUUGUACUCAAGCAACAAGGUCCUAUGGACAUUUCAGGGGAGUUUCCGGCUCAUGCCCAUGACAAAAGUCACCAGGGCUCUAGGGACCACCGGUGUUUUCCUAUCAGCAACCUCAAGCCAAGUGGGUCAAGACCCACAUGUGUUCUGGUCCUACCUUGUGCUGCAAGAGGCUGCACAGAUUGUUGCCAGCAAGGAUAACACUGGUGGCAGCAUCAUCGGUGAUCCAGCGCAGGUUGCCGAGUGCUUCUUGUACUUACUGGAUCUAUGUCUCAUGGGUCAUCACUUCAUAGUGGACUAUGACCUGGAAACUCAUGGCUGCAACUACUGGAUAUGUGACGGCAUCAUACAUGUACAACAUGGGCAGAGAGAGGUUGACCGCGACAUUGGAUUGUGGAAAGCUGUUGAAGCUCUGCAGCGUGAGAUGCGAAUGGAUGUGGAUUACUACCACCACCAUGACCACCAAGAUAUGCCUACUCACAUUGUCAAGUGUGCCGACUUCAGUCCACGCUGGACUUCUCCAACGUACCGUGUCGUUCAGAUCCUUGAGAGGGCCACGCCUGUCAGAUGCAGUCUUGAUCAUUAUGACAAACUUGGUGUCCUCAAGCUAUCCUACUGCACAUUUAGCUUCUCAUCGCCUCCAUUCCUGUGCUGCCAAAGCCUUAGAUUCCUAUGGCUCGACCACUGCCAGGACAUGCUGGAGAGCGGCCCAGAUGGAGCGGCACAGAUGUGGGAGGCAGAUGGCAUCCAGCAGUGCUUCCAAAGGCUGUGGGUGCUGGAUGUGCGCUACACAUGCUGUGAUCAGAUCUUGUCUGGACGGAUGCUAGAGUUCAUGACUCAGCUGAGGGUGCUAAAUGUGAUCGGAGCCGAGGAUUGGGACAUGCGCCAGUUGCAGGGGCAGCUUCCUAAUAUCUGCAAACUUGGAGUAGCAAAGUCUACAAUUGAAUGUGGUACAACUCUCUGGAAUGGUGACUUGUUGGCAGGGUCGAAACACUUGCGGUUUCUUGACCUCUCUGGUAACGAAAUAAUCAGUAGUGGAAAGAGUUGCAUAUCUGCCACAGAAAAAAGCUGCAGCCUGGAGACCAUCGUCAUUCAUCAAGGAUGUGCUGGACUAGAGAAGAUCUCAUUGGCCGGGUGUGCUCAGCUAGAGAAUGUACUCUUGACAGGAUCAUUCAAUGAGCUCGUGAGCCUUGAUAUCUCAGGAUCAGCUGUGAAGAGGCUGGAUCUCAGUGCGAUGAUAAUGCUGAAACUUAAUGAGCUAAUUCUACUAGACUGCAACAUGCUACGUGCAAUCCUAUGGCCUCCGGAAGGAAGAGAGAGAGAAUAUCCUGGCAAGCUGCGCAUUCGAACAAAAAAGGAGACUACCAUAGGCAGUGCUACUGCUCCAUCAGGAUUGACAAUGAUGUUUGGUAGUCUAGUCCCCGCCGAAUAUUUGUGGUGGUAUAUUUCAGUAUACGAUGAAAGGCUGCUCUGGUCACUUUUGCCCUUAAAACAGUAUUUCAGUUACCACUUUGUACAUUUCGAGAUUUCCUCUCCUGGUCGCCGACCAGAUGGCUUGGCAUGUACAAGUGAUGAAAUGAUCCUAGAAGUGACAACCCCAGAAGGUUAUAACACGUCAAUAUAUGUAGACGUCGCCAAGGGCCAACUGCUACAUGUGAAGGGAGAUGAAGGUGAUUCUCCUAUAUCCUUCACAAGGGUAUGGCCCUGCCCACGUGCUCCUGAUUUAGUCCCAUCAAACUGCUACCUGCACAUACAAGACUGGCCACAGGGAAGAAAACCACAACGAACUAGUCAAAAAACUGCUACCAUUACUAUUCCAGAUACUAUAUGCAACAGGACUGGCAGCAUACAUGUGCACGAUAGCUUGUACAUCACUCGGAUGCCAGACCCAGCACCUUCUGGUGCAAUCUGGGCUAAUCUUUUUUGGUGCCGAGUGGAGCGUUGCCCUAAAAUGGAUUGUGUAUUCACAAGUUCGUCCAUGGUAGGUGCUGAGAACAGGGACGACAGGAUCUUUUGGAGACUGGCAACGCUAUGGGUGUCCCAGCUUCCCAAGGCACGGUUCAUAUGGAGCUCGAGGAAACACGAGAUCAGCGGUUAUUCGUUUCUGGACCUAGACUUCGUGCAUGUGGACUUCUGCCCCCGGUUGACACAUGUUCUUCCCUUGUCCAUGGCAUUGAUCAGAGGAAGUGGCCUGGACAGUCUAACAACCCUAGAGAUUGUGUGGUGUGGAGAUCUGAGGGCAGUUUUCCCUUUGGACACUGAUGCCCAGAGCUACCAAGAUCAUCGGCGAAACCAGGCAAUCACCGUGGAAUUUCCUUCCCUUCAGCGUAUUCACUUGCACGAGUCACCAAAGCUGCAUGGCUUAUGUGGCCGUGGAAGGAUGUACGCACCAAAGCUUGAGAGCAUGGUGAUCAGGGGCUGCUGGAACCUCACACGCAUACCAUCCGUUGGCGAUGGCGGCGACCGCAUUACCAAGAAGGUGAAGUGCGACUGUGAGAAGGAGUGGUGGGACAGGCUCGAGUGGGACUGGCUUGAAGAAAGACACCAUCCAUCCCUAUAUGAGCCAACUCAUCCAAAAUAUUACAAGAAAACCUUGCUCAGGACCUCCGUGCUCAGAUGAGCAUUGCUCAAGCCUAAUAAUGGUGAUCGAUAUGGGCCAUGACCAGUGUGAUGUGCUGCUCUAUAUAUGGGCCAUGAUCUGUGGUCACCAGAGUGUUUGUUCUUCGAUUUCACCUGCAUGUGUGUUUUGGUUUUGCUUGUUGUUUUUCAAAUCUGUGACAUCGCAUCCACAGAAUAUUGUUCACUUGUUUCCAUGGUGUGUGGACUUCCGAUCUUGGAUUGUGGUCUGCUGAUCUGCGUCGCAACGCGAACUAUCUGCAAAAUGUAUCAGCUCUUCUCAGUAGACACAUAAAUAAAUAUGGGUGAGCCAAAAUGCAUUUGGUUAGUAGCUGGAUGUGUUUGCCCCCUCAUAAUAUUUGUAACUCUGUACUCUCCCUGGGUUUUCUGGUGUGGCGUGUAUUUGUCAGCAUUGUGUAAACUGAAUGACUGCUCCUACUGUUGUGCUUGCUCAAGCUACAAACAUAUAUAUAAAUGGAUCUGGACUUUUGUGUCUGCAGUAGCAGAAUUUGUA